CACUACAAAACGACAUCGGUUGAACUGAUGUUUUCAGUUGAUGUAGAAUUAUUUUCUGAAACAGUUCUCGUAUUUCUCUCUGUCGAAGUACUCGUUGAGUCAUGCAAUCGGUAAACAACAUAAUUUCACGCCCAGACACUGUCGAUUUCGCUGAUGCACUUUCAAUCGGUCAUGUUCUCAUAAAUAAUUUAACAAAAAAUGGAGACAGGACGGUUUUGGUGUCUGGAGAGACUGGUAAAACGUUAUCUGCGAUCGAAGUACUGAGCAAAAGUAUUGUAAUUUCAAAGUCUCUUCUCGCUACUGGAAUUGGACCAGGUGAUGUUGUGUCGAUAGUGUCGGAAAAUCGUUUUGAAUUCAUUUUUGCGCUGUUCGGUACGAUGUUUCUUAAUCGUCCUAUAGCACCGUUGAAUCAUACAUACAGCGACAGGGAACUGGAACAUUCGUUCAACUUGUCGAAGCCAAAGUAUGUUUUUGCGAGUGCAUCCACAGCCGAAAGUGUUUUGAGGGCAGUAAAGAACUUGAGUUACGUAAAGAAAAUCAUUUUGUUUGACGACAUUGCAAAUGAAUCGGAUGGUCGCAUCACUAAGUUGGAAGAUUUUUCUAAUCCGAAAUUGAUUCAAAAUGUGAAGUUCGAACCGAGUGCUGUUAAUACUCUAACAACAACGUGUCUUAUCAUGUGCAGUAGUGGUACAACCGGUUUCCCAAAAGGAGUGCAGCUAUCCCAAUCUAAUGUCAUGCUUGGGGCAUAUCAUGGCGCAUCUUACAUUAAACCAACGUCUACGAGCGCGGACGAUAGUAAUCUUGUGGCCUUAGGACUGUUACCAAUAUUUCACGCCUAUGGCAUUUCUAUUCUCACAUGCAUGUUAGGUUUUACGUCCGGUAGACUAAUUUUGCUGAAGAAGUUUGAGGAGAAACUAUUUCUAGAAACCAUUGAGAAAUACCGUUGCGUUGUUGCGUUUUUGGUUCCACCUUUGAUGAUAUUUUUAUCCAAAAACCAACUUGUUGGUAACUACGAUUUAAGUAGCUUGCGAUUGAUUACGUGUGGUGCUGCUCCUCUUUCCAAGGAAACGGAAUUCGAAGUUAGAAAUCGCUUGAACAAUCCGAACUUGAUAGUGAAGCAAGGAUAUGGUUUGACUGAACUCACUGGUGCGGCGGGUGGAGUUCUGUCGUCAAAAGGACUAACAAAACCCGGUAGUGUUGGCGAAGUCAAUACUGGUGUGUCAGCAAAGGUCGUCGACGACAAUGGAAAAACUCUCGGUCCGAAUCAAAAGGGAGAAUUGUGCUUCAAAGGAAGUCUUAUGAUGUUGGGCUAUAUUAAUGACGAAUCGGCAACCAAAGCUACAAUCGAUGAAGAGGGUUGGUUACAUACCGGUGACAUAGGAUAUUUUGACGAAGAUUUGCAAUUCUACGUUGUCGAUCGUAUUAAAGAGCUGAUAAAGUGGAAAGGAUUUCAGGUACCUCCUGCAGAAAUUGAAGCUUUGCUUGUUACCCAUCCGAUGAUAAAAGAGGCAGGCGUUGUGGGAAAGCCAGACGAAGUUGCAGGUGAACUACCACUUGCAUUUGUUGUGAAGGCUAACCCCAACUUGAAGGAAGAAGACGUUAUAUUGUUCGUUCGGGAUAGGACCUCACCGGCGAAGAGACUUCAUGGCGGUGUUAUAUUUGUUGACGAAAUUCCCAAGAAUCCGUCCGGUAAAAUUCUGAGACGAAAACUUCGUGAAUUAUUGCAACAACAUGAAUUGAAGUCAAAGUUGUAAAAGGCACCAUGAAUGAAAUGUCUUUGUGAGGAAGUUUAAAUUUCGGUAAUUAAAUGGCUAAUUAUGGUCUGUUCUUGGACCAUAUACUGGA